AGGCUGUGCUCUGAUGACACAUGAAAGUCACCGGUAAAACAUUACAUCACAUUACAUCAGAGUACAGCACAACCGAGACUGAAACAUGUGUUAAACAUGCUUAAGGUAUAUUAUAAAUGAUAUGCGUUUACGGAUACCAGUGUUUAUUAAAACGGUAGUACUUCGUAGCAUCGUUAGCAUCGUUACCUAGUAACAGCUACUAGCAUCGUUACCUAGUAACAGGGAUCAACGGUUAGCUCUAACGUUCUCUCAAAGUUACCGGCAGCUCUGUCACAGUCUGGUUCUUUGAGCCGGUUUUUCCGCCUUCCUCGUCGCUUUAAACAGUUUACCUACAAUGGCGAGAGGUCUGGGUCGAAUAUACCAGGUCUUUCAACGCCUUGGCUCACUCUCAUCUACACAGACUCAUCUCAACGUCUCAAGAUCUACCAACGUCUCAGCCAGGACCGCCGUGACGCUGUCAUCGCUCUUUUCCUUCAAGUCCCGGGACUUCAGCCUGCCUAACUCCUCAUGGGGCUCAGAAAUGAUGGGUUUGUACGAGCAUUAUUACAGCCAGUGUGAGGUGGAGACGGAGGGAGGAAAGAUACAGGAGGGGCCGUGGCAGAGACUGCCGAGCUAUAAUCGCCUCCUCAAGUAUGUUACAGGUGGAGUGUAUCUUAGUAAGAUAAUCCAGUCAAAAGCACGCCUUUUUACCCGGAACAUCAGAGACCCAGGGGGAGCAUUUGAAUAUGCUACAUUUUUUAACAGCGAGGAGCAGAAGUGUGUGUGCAUUUGUCAGGCUGGACACCUACUGGAGGGGCCGCCAGGACAUGUCCACGGGGGGGCAAUAGCCACUAUGAUUGAUACUGUGACAGGGACUCAUGCUACAAUAGUCUCUGGACCUGUUGUGACUGCCAACCUCAACAUCAACUACCGCAGGCCCAUCCCACUGGGAAGCACAGUGGUGCUUGAAUCCACUCUCGAUAAGAAGGAAGACAGAAAAACAUUUAUUACGUGUAAAGUGACCAGCAGCGAUGGCUCCAAACUGCACACAGACUCAACAGUGCUGUUCCUGUCAAUCAGUGUCAGCCACCUAGUACUGGGAGGGUGACACAAACAUACCAACCUGCCACCAACCAAGCAAGCUGAGGCCAACGAGUGAGUGUGUGCGUGUAAGUGGGUGUGUGAAUGUGUGAGUGUGUCAUUGGUUUGGAGCAUUUUUAGGGGUGUGUGUGUGUGUGUGUACUAAUUUGCAAUGUGAGUUAAAGCUGCAGUGGGUAG